CCUACGUCCUAUUGCUUACAGUAUUUCGCCCCUGGUGAAUGAAACGGUCGAAACAGGAGCGGGAACUUACCGACGAGGAACGAAAUUUAGUCGUCGCUGUGCGCCACUGCUCUGGAGAACUUAACGAUAUAUUGCAGGGAUGCCGUCGCAAGGCACAGUCGAAUGCUCAACUUUUUGCACAAAGUGGAAUUUCAAUUAUGUUUCGUGGACUCGAGUCGUACGCCGACAUGUAUGAGAAACUUCAAGUCAAAUCACGUGAGGGCUUGGACCGGUUGUUUACUAAAUUCGCGGAUUGCGAGGAAGUCCAAGAUGCUCAAGAUGCUAUUGAAGAGACCGAAGGAAACUGGAACGAUUUUUUAGAAAAUUUAAACCGCGAAGUUUCACGGGAGCUCAACGGAGAAUUGCCAUCCAAUUCGGAGGCCAAAUCCUCUUCAGAUUUGCGAUAUUUCAUUACUUCUGAAUACCCAUUGACAGAUUUACAGACCAACAAGGAAGUCACUUUAGGCGAUUAUGUGGGACAGUAUACUUGCGUGUUUGUCACAUUCCAGCCAUCAUAUUGGCCUGAUACAUGUGUGCGUUGGCGUCAUUCUGAGAUUAUGAAAGUGAAAGCGGAUUUGUCUCUGUUCAAUAUGGGCUUCGUUGUGGUAACUUGGGGACCGGUGGAAGAAGUUCGCACAUGGUCAAAACAGCUCUCGCGAGCCACUAAAUGGCCUGUCUUGUGGGAUAAAACGAAUAAGCUGUGUUCACGAUUCGGAUUUCGCUCGGGCCUGCAUAACGCGUGGGCAGCAGAAAACCUCGACUUUCUUGGUUGUCAACGCGCGAUGCACAACCGGCCAGUGAGUCUGUUGCCGACUGAUUUCGAUUGGUUGGGGUGGCGUCAAAUAGGCGGAGAGGCUGUGAUUGCUCGACCAGUCAUAUGGGAUGCCACAGUCGUUCAAUCCCGGGUGAUCAAGGCCGCGUCACAGUUACGACUGGCCUCUCGGAAACGGGGCCGGGACUCUGAGGAUGCUGACAAAGAUGACGUGGGAGACACUUCAGGCGAUGUAGAAGAUUUGGAAAUGCGAGCCAGACGUGAUAAGUUAGCCGUGAGUGCUGGUGAGACGAAGGUGUGCCUCCUCCAUCAAAGCAACUAUUCAGCAGAUCUGACACCGUCUGGGGCAAUCUAUCAAGCUGCACUAACUUGUUUUGCACAGGCGAACAACACCACCGAAAGCAUGGUAAUGGAUAGAAUUCGUCAAAAUCGUCGCUUCGCAACGCCACCAGAGUCCGCUCGGUUGCAGUAUGAGGCAUCUACAGGUCUGUAUUACGACCCAGAAACGGCACUCUACUAUGAUGCUGCACGAGGAUACUUUUACGACGGUACUAACCAAACCUAUUAUUAUUGGUCACAAUCGGAACACCGAUAUAUCCCCGCAAACACCCUAAUCCAAGCUGAAAUGGUUGCAGCCCAAGCCGCACAAGCGGCAGCUGCCCAAGCAGCCGUCAAUCGCGCUGCUGCUGAACGGGAAGCUGCCAGGAAAGCGGCACUUAAUGUGGCUGCACAACUGGCAGAAAUUCGAGCCAGUAAAGACGAUUACGCGGCCUAUGUUUAUGCAACAUGUGUUCUUCCCCAACAGAGUAUUGCUGUUCCCGAUGGAUACAGCGCUGUCGGUUCGAAGAAUGCUCUCAGUUCCGUCUACCGAAAUACUUCCGCCGCAGCUAGCAACAUUGAGACCUCAUUGAAAGUAUGGGAUGCGAAACAACCGGAACCCCUUGUCCCAUAUGCUGACGAUACUGUAGCACCGGAGCCCACACGUUAUUCCAACACACCACCGCCACCGGGGCUUUGACUUUCACUUCUCCCGAUGUACAUAUUGACUCCUC